UUGUCGAGCAAACACUGAGCUCUACGUUCUCAUUCAUUCAGAGUUAGACAGGCAUGCAGUGUUGAAGAGAGCACGUCCUCGAUUAGCGCUUGCUUUUGAGCAUUCCGCCUAACAAAAACCGUAUUUUACUACUAUUUACUCAUUAGAAUUCGAAGACGGAAGCCAUUGGAUAUAUAAUUAUUUGUUUUCAUAUUGUAAAUUAAUUAAAGUGUGAUUUUUCAGAAUCCUAAAGAAGAUUCUUCCUGCAAUUGUUACUCCGCUCUAGGACUAAACUGGGUUGUCUGACUAGAUCGGCUUCAAGUGCGCAACCUUUAUUGGGUGCAUCAAGAAGCGUGGAUUUACAAUUUCUGGAACACAGUGUGUAAUGCACCAGAGUUUAAGAAGGAAUAACGAAAGAAGAUAAGCUACAACAUCGUAUCAGGAUUUAACGCAAUCGUUACGAAUGUUAAGAGCUAAUUAAAAUACGCUUGGACAAUUUACUUGGAUGGAGUUUUUGUAUAUUGGUUGAUGGAAUCGACGUUAUGGAUGGUUGCAGAUGGGUUUUCUGAUGCAUGCCAAGUCCACGGUGAAUGUCGGAAGUGGUGAUCACCCCAGAUGGCGCUCCAAAGUCAACAUGGCCCUGGCGGUUCAUUAGUGGUGAUCCAGCAGCCUUCCCUGGAGGGCCGGCAGAGGUCAGAUUACGAGCGGGAGCUCCAUCAUGCCGCCAUCCUCUCCCUGGACCAAAUCAAGGCCAUUCGCUCCAGCAACGAGUACACAGAGGGGCCGUCGGUGGUCCGGAGGCCCCCUGCGCCCCGCAUGGCACCCAGGCCCGACAAGCAGCAGGAGAGGACUCACGAGGUAAUCCUCGUCAAUGUGAACAACAACUAUGAGCACCGGCCGGUAGGGCAUGGCCACCACGGUGGGGUGGUGGUAGUAGCCGGAGGCCAGCAGUGUAGCUCCAGGGCCCCGGGCCUUAAUCGCUCCACCAGUACGGGCAGCGCGGCCAGCUCCGGGAGCAACAGCAGUGCAUCCUCUGAGCAGGGACUCCUGGCCCGCUCACCUCCUUCUAGACCGGGGAUGGUGGCCCUCCACCAGCACCACCACAGAGCCGAGAGGACUCAGCCUGUUCGGGCUCAGCCCAAGGCGCUGCUAGCCCCCCAGCAUGGCUCUCACCCGCCGCCGCCACUGGAGGCACCGCUCAAGCCCUCAGGGAAAGGGGACGUGGCGUCUGGCCACCAGUUCAUCUGCGAGCGCUGCGGGAAGUGCAAGUGCGGGGACUGCACAACCCCAAGGACCCUGCCCUCGUGCCUGGCCUGCAACGGGCAGUGCCUGUGCUCGGCGGAGAGCGCCCUGGAGCAUGGCACGUGCAUGUGCCUGGUCAAGGGCGUCUUCUACCACUGUUCCAACGACGACGAGGGAGACUCGUGCGCCGACAACCCUUGCUCGCUGUCGCGCUCCCACUGCUGCUCACGCUUCCUCUGCAUGGGAUUACUGUCGGUACUGUUCCCCUGUUUGCUGUGCUAUCCGCCCGUCAAGGGGUGCCUGAAGGCGUGCCAGGGCUGCUACGACCAAGUCAACAGGCCCGGCUGCCGCUGCAAGAACUCCAACACUGUCUAUUGCAAAAUGGAGAGCUGGUCCCCACAGACCCUGGAAAAGCCUUCCUGAUCCCGUGUGUGUGUAGGAAGAGGGGCAGUCGAUCCCCGUGCGGUUCUGACGAUGAUAAUAAUAUUCACUAUUGAUGUUAAUCAAACUUUUGAAGCACCUCCCAUCCGCCUCCCUUUCUCCAACGGGGAAUCCUGCUAGGAGUAAAGCACGGAAUAUGAAAACCACUCAAUUAUUUUUUAUAUUUCCUUCCUUUUUUUCUGACAGGACCAUGUUUUUACAGACCAGUGUUUUGUCUGAACUGUUUCUGUCUCUCUUCAGCUACUCAUUAAGAAUAUUCUGUUAGCUAGGCAGUUUCCCUGGUGCUUUAAGCUUCAAGUGAGAGCAGCCUCUUACCAAAUCUGUGAAGGACUAUCUAGCCAGGCAAUAUGUAGCUGUUACCACGUGUUCAUAGCAAACGAGGAUUGUUUGAAUUCCCAGUUGCUACCACACUAAGACCAUGGUUAUCUGGGUUUCUGUGCUCGAGUUGCAUUAUGGAAAGCACAUCCAUCUCAUAGUAUUCUGUUGGAUAUGUUUCUCUCCCCCCCCCCCCCCACUCAUCAUUCACACAUUCUGUGGCAUUCUUCCCUUUUUUUGUUUUCAUUUUGUAAACUGUUUUGCUCAAAUCCAUAAGAGUAAAUUCUUGCUAUUUUUUUGAAAGAAAAUGUCUGUUAAAACAUUUUUUUUUUUUUUGUGUGUAAAAAUAUUUAUUAUGUGAAGCUCUAUUUUAUGAUAUUUAUUGCAAAAGACAGUCUUAAAUGUACUCAUGUCUGAAUAUAACAAAAUAUCAAUACUUACUGAAAAAUUAAAGGGUGGCACAAAAGAAAAAGCUAUGUUAACUUUAAUGCAGAAAAUAUAUUAAUAAUGAAAAAAAAAAUGUUGUCUUGAUUAUCCUCAUUACAUUGACCCUUGAGUGAUUUGCGCUGGUUUGAAUGCUUUCAAAGUAUUGAGAUGUUUCAUAAGCAGUGAAUGGGUCUGGUUCU